AUGGCAACCAUAUCAGAUCAAAUCGUAAUAGUCAAAACCAAACCUAUCGUAUCAGGAGGUGGAAAAGAAUGGAUCACAGAAAACCCAUUGAUUUCAAAGAUUAGCGAAGAUCGUAUAGCCAUCAAGAUGUUCCCAUUGGUACCGCCAAUGUACUUACGACAACAAACUGGAAACACUCGAUUUCGGUUUGAUCGUUCUAUUGAGUACCUCAUAGUUUGGUCUGAUACUAUAUGUUGCUGUGGAGUUGUCAGAAACAUUGAGGAUAUGGCUGACACAAUGCCAUUGUUUAUGCGAUUUGGAGGACAUUGGUCGAACUCUGUCCAUAAGAUAUACAUGGGAUGUGUGGUCAAGGUGAAGUCGUAUCUUGAAGUGAAGGGAAGAGAUGAUAAGGUCAUUCCGAUAGCUUCAUUGGGUUCUGAAUUCAAGGAUUUGUUUUAUGGGGGUAUGUUCACUUUUUUGUUACGAUUUGUUUGUUAUGAUUAUUAGGUUGAUGCAAAGUAAUGGCACUUAUUAUGAUUGGUACUAUCGUAUGGUGAACUUGUAAUCUGUUGCAAAAAGAAUGGCGUCUUUAUGUUAUUUUUACGCUUUAGGAGUGCCAUUUCCAUCAGCAUUGGCGUCUGAAUGGGCGAUCGUGAAGCUGGCAGAAGUCGAGAGAAGUUUGGGUAUGUUAACAGAAGACUCGUCGUACGGCAGAGAUCCUUUUAUGUUUUUACGUGGCUCAGUUAGAGAUUACGAGUAUAAUGUAGAUUUGAUAGCUUCGUAUGAAAAAUGGCCAAACAUUAAGAAGUUACCGGAAGUAAACAGUGCUGUUGUAUUAAACUACGUCAAGGUAAGAUUUCUUAUUUAUUUUUAUAGUUUUAGAGUUCAAGCAAUUCAAUUGUAAUAAUGGGCUUAUAAUGGACCUUAUUUAUUAUAGAUAACUGAUCACGUGGGACUGUUUACAAGCAAAAUUUGA